CGAUGGACGAAGCGCAGAUGCAGAACAUGUUCAGCAUGAUGAGAGUCGGAGCGCAGACGACGCUGCCCGUCGUGCUCGUGCUCGUGCGCCGCGACCACAUCGUGCAGGACACCAUCGCGCAGCUGUCGAAGCAGCGCACGUCCGACCUCAAGAAACCCAUCAAGGUCGUGUUUGUCGGGGAGGAGGCAGUGGAUCAGGGAGGCGUCCUGAAGGAGUUCUUCCUGCUGCUCAUCCAGGAGGUGCUGAAUCCAAUCUACGGAAUGUUCCAGGAAUUCGAGGAAACGCGGUCAUUGUGGUUUAGCGAGCAGACGUUCGAAGAGGAGGGAAUGUGCUGA